GUUUUGCCCUCUUACAGAAUCCUGAUGCUGUAUAAUCGUUUAUUACGCAAUUGUUCUGGUUCUUAAUGUGUGCAGCCGGGCAGUUUCGGGCUGUUCGAUGCCACGAGCCCGCGGAAGGAAGAAUUACUAGUCAUAUAUGCCCGUCAAACUGACAAUAUCGGUUUCUGAGGCAGUUGAAGCUGAGCAUCAAAUAAUGCAUCGUUCAGAGCCGCUACAUAACUAUGAUAAUGUUGAUGACUACGAGGCUUUCCCCAAAGAGCAUGCCACAUUCAAGGGUAGUGAUAAUGCAGUGGAUAAUGUGGGGGAUGGCAGUCCAAUGGGUUCUUCACAGGGGGAUUACAACCAUGCUCAAGUUGGGACACCAAAUUUCAUACACCCGAAACAAGUCAGGAAUGGCAGAAAGAUGAGUAGGUAAGAGGGCAAACUUGUCAAUGAAGAUGCAAUGUGUUUGGUUGCUCAGGCAGGCUGAUACGUAAUGACCUUUCUCAGCGUUCACUGGGCACCGCUGAAUAUUGGCAUUGAGCGGCGUCUUCAAACCUUCGUUGUCUUAUGCCAUACUCUCAGCAUAGCCAUUUUUAUGACCGGGUUUUUCUUCGCCUGCGCGGUACCUUUAUUUUGGCCGCUUUUAUUGCCAUACCUCGUCUACAUUUUCUUUUUCUCCAGAGCUUCUACAUCAGGGACAUUAAGUGGCCGCAGUGAUUUCCUGCGCUCUCAUCGUGUAUGGUCACUCUACGCGUCAUAUUUCCCUGCCCAUUUGCACCGGUCGGUGCCUCUUUCUCCAACACGGAAGUAUAUCUUCGGUUACCAUCCACAUGGGAUCAUUGCCCACGGCGCAUUUGCAGGAUUCGCAACCGAAGCUCUCGGCUUCUCAAGACUCUUCCCAAAAAUCACGAACACCUUGCUUACCCUUGACUCAAAUUUCUUGAUUCCGUUUUACAGAGAGUAUAUCCUUGCUAUGGGUCUUGCGAGUGUUUCCCGUGAAUCCUGUCAAAAUUUGCUUACCAAAGGGGGUUCUGAUGGCAAGGGGAUGGGACGUGCAAUUACAAUUGUCAUUGGGGGAGCUCGGGAGUCUCUUGAAGCUCAACCACAUUCAAUGCGCCUGAUCCUAAAGCAGCGCAAGGGUUUCAUAAAGCUGGCGAUUAAUACAGGGGCUGACCUUGUACCAGUCCUUGCAUUUGGCGAAAAUGAUCUCUAUGACCAGGUGAGGUCAGAUCAACAUCCUCUAAUCCAUAGAUUCCAAAUGCUGGUCAAACGGACUUUGGGGUUUACCUUGCCACUUUUCCAUGCUCGGGGUGUUUUCAAUUAUGAUGUAGGGUUGAUGCCCUAUCGACGCUCCUUAAACGUUGUUGUUGGACGGCCAAUCCAAGUGGAUGAACGGGCAAGGCAGAAGAUCAAUGAUGGUUAUGUCAAUGAGCUUCACGCCAGGUAUGUGGAUGAGUUGGUGCGAUUAUGGGAGCAAUGGAAAGAUGUCUUUGCAAAGGACAGAGCCUCUGAAAUCCAGAUCAUUGCUUGACGGGUCGGGCCCUAUCGUACAGGCAUUGUUCAAGGUUGGCCGGGUCAAAUGGUUUUUUUUACGGCAAUGAUCCCUUGAUUUCUAGCACCUAGGUAUCGAUACGCCAAUGUUAUGAAUGCUGCCAUCCAAGUGCUUCUCUAUGUAGACGACAUAUGUGUGGUAGUGAGGGCAAUACUAUCCUUCGUGUUCG